AGACAUAGGUGAAUAGAGAAUAUUUUGGCUAAGCUAAGAAAAAGAGAAAGAGAAAUUAGCUUGAAUACUAUUUUAUUUCUUAGAGAGGUUCAACAACCAACUACUUCAUUUCAUUCUUGGCCAACAAAUGGUGUUAAAUGAACAAUCAAUAACUUCAUUUCUCUCUUUCUCUCUCUUUCUUUCCUCUGCCUCUCUGUUUUUGUGUUAAAGUUUCAAUUUAAGAGAGCCAAUACCACACGCUUUCACCAAAACCAUAACAUAACUAAGACAAAGGAUAAAGGGUAUUCACCACCACCACUACACUACCCUAUACUCCUUUAACAUUAACACAACAUAUCUUUAUUUUUGUGUUUCCUUAUAAUUUCCUUAUUUAACACGGUCACAUUUUUGCAUGCAAAAAAAAAACAAAAUGAAUAUAAUGAGAAAAAAUAGAUCCGUUUUAACAAUGAGUGGAAGAUUUGUGAAUGAAGCGGUGAGUUUCAUAGUGUUUUGUUUCCUUGACCUUGUUGAUUUUGUUCUUUGUUUUAUGUUCAAAUCGGUGGACAUGUUGAUUGAAUCAGAAUGGAGACCUUGUUAUUGUUCAUCUUCGGCAAAAGAAGCAAUAACAAGUAGUGGAAAGAUCUUGGUUUCUGAACAAGGUGGCGAAUCGAAAAUAGUUUCGCUUAGUUCAACAAAUAAGUUACAAUUAGAGGAUAUUUCAGACACACUUUAUUCUCGUCCAUCAUUAGUAUCAGAGGUUUCAAGAUUAACUAUGAAUGAGCUUAAGCGGUUCAAGUUUGAAGAUCCGGUUCUUGUAUCGAAGAGAGGGAUUUCAAGUUGUCCCUCUUUUACGGUGAAUACAAGUAUUGUUGAAAUGCUUCAGGGUAAAAUUGGUAAACAAGAUCUUCAUCCUAUACCUAGAUGGUCUGAUUGUGAUUGUAAACAAUGCACUUCUUGGACAUCUCCUUCUAGUAAAGCCACUCUCUUUGUUAAAUCUCAAUACCCCACCUCAGGUAAAGCACCAGAAGAAGAUGUGUUAUUUAUCCACGGCUUCAUUUCAUCAUCGUUAUUUUGGACCGAAACAUUGUUCCCAAACUUUUCAAGUGUGGCAAAAUCAAGUUAUAGAUUAUUUGCGGUUGAUUUGCUUGGUUUUGGGAAUAGUCCUAAACCGAGUGAGUCAUUGUACACAUUAAGAGAACACUUAGAAAUGAUAGAGAAAUCCGUUUUGGAGGCCCAUAAAGUCAAGUCUUUUCACAUCGUGGCCCAUUCCUUGGGAUCCAUUUUGGCUCUUGCACUUGCCGCUAAAUACCCUCAAUAUGUCAAAUCCAUAACCUUGCUUGCCCCACCAUACUAUCCAGUACCAAAGGGUGAAGCACAAGCGACACAAUAUGUGAUGAGGCAGAUAGCUCCAAGGCGCGUGUGGCCACCGAUGGCGUUUGGAGCGUCGUUGGUAUGUUGGUAUGAGCAUAUAACUAGGUUGAUUUGCUUCCUCAUUUGCAAGAAUCACCGUUUGUGGUUAUUUCUCACCAAACUCAUUACUCGAAACAGGGUCAGAACGUUCUUGCUUGAAGGAUUUUUUAGUCACACCCAUAAUGCAGCCUGGCAUACACUGCACAAUAUUAUUUGUGGAACCGCUGCAAAAAUUGGGUCAUAUUUGGAAACCGUCAAGGAAAAUCCAAAUUGUAAAGUUACUAUAUUUCAUGGAAAAAAUGAUGAGGUUAUACCUAUUGAGUGUAGCUAUGAGGUCCAAAAAAGAAUUCCUCGUGCCCAAUUAAGAGUCAUUGAUGACAAAGAUCAUAUAACUAUUGUUGUUGGAAGACAGAAAGCAUUUGCUAGAGAAUUGGAAGAGAUUUGGAGAUCUACCAACAACAACUACUCCUAGAGAAUUAAGAUACUAAACUAAAUGUUGUGUCUAGCAAAGUGCUUGAACAAGUUUAUGUGUUAACUUUUGUCUACGUCAACUAAAAAGUGUUGUACCUUUUCUCAUAAAUUAUCACAUAUCACCUUGCUUACAAAAAAAUUAAGCAAAAAAAAAAAAAGCACAUAUCACUUAUUUAUACUUUGGUUGCAAAAUUGAAUAAAAUACCAAAGUGCAAUCAUUGCACAAUUGAAAUUA